AUGCCCGGGAAACAGUUACUCGCGUGUUUACGCAAAUCCACCGAUUCGGUGGUGUCAAACCGAGCCGAGGAGUCAUUGUCCAAUCCCGCUCUUGGACUGGUGUUUGAUAAUUCCCAUCAGUCUCGAUCAGUACGCAACGCGAAAAAUGGGCACGUCAGUCGACGGACAAAUAAACCGUACGUGAACGGGACUGUGAUACCCGAGGAGAUUGUAAGUAGUAUGAAGAAUCUCGCAUGUAGCGCACAGACUAGCGAACAACGACAGGCCGCAGCGGGACUGGAUGAAUAUGAUAUUUGUCAAUCGGAAAUGAAACAUGUUCAAAACUGGAUCCGAUCGACGGCGUCGAGUCAACCGAGUGGAUCAGUGAGACAACUUGAUUGCCCGAUAAAAAACAUGGACAAGAUUCGAGUAACGGACACGGACCGAACACAAACGAUCCCAGAUGAAUCCGUAUCGAUUAUCUACAAUGAUCAACUAUACGGACAGUAUCAGACCGUAAACAAAGAAAAAAAACAAAUAAGCUGGACUUCGGAUUAUUCAAGUCGCCGUGGAUCACAAACGGGUCGUACCGUGAUCACACACACCACCACAGAUCGACGUCGCACGUCAGACGACAUGAGUUGCACUCACGGACAAGCGGAAUCACAUGUGUAUUAUCCGCGAAAGGGAUCCUCGGCAAGUGUUUCUGCUGAUAGAUGCGAGCAAAUGAGACCUAAGCAUCAACCAGAUCGUGUAGACGCAUCUGUCCAGGUAGACAUCACGGAAUCCGUACGCAGUACAGAAAAUAAAGAGAAUAUAACUCAGGACACAUUCAAAAGUAUGCUCACUAUUUAUAUAUCCGGAAGAAAUAGGGUGAAAUCGAACUCAAAUAGUACAGAACAAACAACACAACGACGAAUCGGAACCGGGGAGGGUUGUGUACAACUUGGCAGGUGUGUGAACGAUCCGACACGAGAAGAAGCAAACAUCAAGACCAAUCUGUUUAUGUCCAGUUCUGAGUCAUACAUCUCUCGGUAUGGAAAUCGAACCUCGUCGAACGGCGGUGACGUUCGAAAACCCCUGGAGACGACACGAUGGGCUAGCGAGUCACAGAAUUUGGGAACCACCGUAUUGACGGAAGACUAUGAUGACGACCAUUUCACCUCAGUGUCUGAGCUGAACACGAUCAAACGAUUGGGUUUAAAUUUACAACUGUGCGGUUCCGAUCCGGUCCGAGAAAAAUCGGGUGUGCGAUGGAAUCCAACCCCGGCUCGAACUAGGAGUCAUUCACCAUCGAACCAAUCCGCCAGUUGCACAGACAGUGAGGGCACCAAGUCGAAUUUGAAUCCCUAUUUGCACAUGUCUCCGCAUGGGAAUUUCCCGGCCCCGGUUACUCAAGGUCACAAAAUCAGUCAAGAUUCGAUCAAAAUAAGUCCACUUACCAGAACAAACUUGAAGUUGCAUAACCGGAAAUAUGAGUGUGAAUGA